AUGCUAACAGACACUAUAGUUGAGGGCUGUUUGUCAGACGAGCUGCGGAAGCAAAUUCUCCAGAAGGAUCGGUCGGUGGAAGAGAUAGAAGAAAUUGGCAAGUCACUGGAAGGAGUGCAGAAGCAACUGAGAGAUUUCGGUAGGAUGCAUGAUGAAUCAAAACAUGGACAGGUGUACGGUAUCCAAGCAAAACGACGGUAUCCUCCUCUAAAACCAAGAGUAGUAGAAAACCGCGCAGGGGUCUUUCAAACAAAGUUCAAACAUCCAGAUGCGAAAUGUUUCAAGUGUGGACUUUUUGGUCAUAUUUCGACGGACACUCGAUGCCCGGCCCGAGGAAAAAUAUGCAACCGCUGUAAAAAAAUAGGACAUUUCGAAGCCCGAUGCCGGAUGCAAGGUAAAUAUCCUCUGCUCUCCAAAGAGGAAAGUACCGGUGCUAAGAAAAUUCGAAUAGUGGAACGUGUUGCGGAACAGGAUAGCCAAGUUGUUCAAGAAUCGAACGCCAUUGAAGCUGACAUCCCUUCAAUGAGUCUAACGCCGAAAACUUACUAUGCCUUCUAUUCAGGAAACGAGUCGAAUAUGGUAUCCUGUGUGAUUGGUGGAGUACCCCACCAACUGUUGGUCGAUUCCGGAGCGGAGGCGAACUUGAUUACCGAAGUAGCAUGGGAGAAGUUGAAGCGUGCUGGGAUCGAAGUGAUCAGCUGUGUAAGAGGAAGUGACCGUAUCUUAAAGAGUUAUGCCAACAAUAUUCCGUUGACCGUGCUAGGCACAUUCAAAGCAACUGUCACAGUGGGAGCAAAAUCUGUAGAAGCCGAGUUCUUCGUGAUCAAAGGAGGACAGCGUUGCCUUUUGGGAGAUGCUACAUCUAAGCAGUUGAAUAUUUUGAAAAUUGGUUUGGAAAUUGAUCGGGUUUUGCAGAAAUCGGAACCAUUUUCUAAGAUCAAAGAUGUUUCGGUACACAUUCACCUGGAUCCAAACGCGAAGCCAAUCUUUCAGCCGAUGAGAAGAGUUCCAGUGGCGUUAGAAGAAGCCGUUAACAGCAAGCUGAAGGAACUAAUAGUGAAGGAUAUCAUCGAAGAGAAGAAGGGCCCAGUUACAUGGGUAUCUCCAUUGGUCGUGGUUGGCAAGGCGAACGGUGAACCUAGGAUUUGCCUUGAUCUUCGAAGAGUCAAUGAGGCUAUACUGAGAGAAAGGCACCCAAUGCCAGUGAUCGAUGACUUCCUUGCCAGAAUUGGUCCGAAUAUGUUUCGUAGCAAACUGGACGUUAAAGAUUCCUUCUUACAACUCGAAUUAGACGAGGGAUCGAGAGAUGCGAUGGUUUUUCUUACUACGCGCGGAUUGUAUAGAUUCAAGCGUAUGCCAUUCGGUCUGGUGUCGGCACCUGAGGUGUUCCAGAAAACAAUGGAUGCGAUUCUGGCUGGCUGUGAGGGUGCUUGGUGGUAUAUCGAUGAUGUGUAUAUUGAAGGGAAAGAUAAGGAGGAGCACGAUGAGCGGUUGACCAAGGUAAACUAUACAGUAAAUAGAAACUGUUGA